UAUUGUUCAUAUUGUUGGAUGAGGGAUAGCAAGGGAGAGUUUCACUCUAUUUUUCCCUUAUAAAUAUUAAUAUUUUUACAAAUUUCAACAUAAUUCAUUGUCUUUAGUAUCUUUUGGACCACCUCAAUCAAAAGAAUCCCCGUCAAAAUGCAGAGUAUCACUUCAGCUCGUCUUUGCAACCAGUUUAGGAGCAUGUGCAGGUUUCCCGGGCGAAAUCGCAGUCAAAUUGUGAGAUAUUUCUCGGAUGAUGAUUCGCAGAAAAACAAAGAAGCAGAAGUCAAGGUAAAAAAAGACACGCCGAUAGAAGAAAAGUCCGAACAAAAGGCUUCGGCUGCAUUGAAAUUGAGCAAUUUGCUGCAAGCGAUAAUCCAGGAUGAUUUGACAAUGAAGUCAGAGAAAGAAAAUUUGAAACUUUCAACGGCAAAAAACAAGAAGGGCUCGUUUAAAAAGGUUGUCACUGCAGCUGAAUACCAACUAGGAAAGGAAAUGGCAGAUGCGAUUGUCGGAGUCUCCAAGGAACUGGAAGGAGAUAAAGAACAGAUUAAAGCAGAUUUGAUCGACAAGGUUGCUAGCAUGAAAGCUCCUGUGGCCGAACACAUUCUUGAAGCGCCAGUCAAGGAGCAAGAUGCUGCUCCGAAAGAACCUGUGAAUUUUAGCGAUCUCAUUGGAGGAAUGACUGUGGAGAAAAUUGCAAAAGCCAGGCCACAGGUGAAGACAGACACGCAAUAUUCCAGAGCUGGUCGUGUGAGAGGCAAUAUCAAAGAUAAAGUGGACGACGAGCCCAUCUUGUCGAGUAGACGAAGACGCUUUGCACCGGAUGAACCAAGCGUCAGAGCUGGUCUAGAAGAAAGCGUGCCGCUGGGAAUCUUCAGCGAUCCUGCAUCGUUGCGGAAGGCUGAACCUCUGCUCCCGAUUUGGGAGCAAAUGCACCAACGGGACCUGCAGCUUGCUGUUAUGUAUCCGCCCUCGAACAUUUACGAAGAGAUGAUUUCCUGGACAAACCAGGGAAAACUCUGGAAAUUCCCCAUUGAUAAUGAGCAAGGUUGGGAGAGAGAGCAAAAUGUGCCAUUCUCGGAGCACAUUUUCCUCGACAAGCAUCUGCAAGACUGGUGCCCGAAGAAAGGUCCCGUGCGCCACUUCAUGGAACUGGUCUGCAUUGGCCUGUCGAAGAAUCCCCACUUUACAGUCGAAGAGAAAAAGGAGCACAUUCUAGGCUAUAAAAAUUACUUUGCUGGCAAGUCGCAGCUGCUGAAAGAAUUAGGUGCUGUGUAAAGGUAAAGUCGCGUCAAUAAACCUAGAAAUAUACAUAUGUAA